CCCACAUAACGUUGCGGGGUGCGCUUCUCUUACAGACUGGCCGCUGCCCGAGAUGAGCUCCCACAACAUGUCCUGGAUACAGUACCCAAGUCACGUCUCCACGGCCGUGGAAGACGUCAUAGCUUCACAGAGCAUCAUCUCCAGGUGCGUGCACGUCUACGUGGCUCUGUUUGUCCCAGUGAGCUUGGCGACUGGGCUCUUCAACCUGACCACCUUCAUACGGGGCCGUGCCAGACUGGGCGGCCUGGACAUGUUUCUCUCAGAUCUCACCAUCACCAACGUGCUGGUGACCCUGCUCUCACUCACCGCCAUCAGCCGGCCCGACUACCUGGCCACAACCAACCUGAGCUGUGCCAUCCUCUCCUUUCUGUCCAACAUCUGCUACUUCAACGCUCAGUACGUGCAGCUGGCCAUGCUCUUUGUGUUCCUGCUGCAGGGCUCCUCCUCCUGUCUGCACACAGCCACCAGCUGGGCCCAGAGGCCCGCGGUGGGCCUGGCUGCCAUUGGGGGCUGUGCCUUCUGCAGCUCCCUGGGAGUGGUGGCCCUGCUGGGCACAUCCGGGAAGCUGUACGAAACCACUCUGUGCCAGGUGGACCCGCUGACUGCCUGGCCCGAGUAUGAAACCGUCAAGGUCAGCCUGGGCUUUGGGUUUGCCCUCAUCCUGAAGCUGGCAUUCUUUAUCCUGCUCAUUGUCCAGCUGGCUUGGCGGGCAGCUCCUCCCCAGAGGGACGCGGCCUCUGCUCACCUAGUAGUUCUGGCCGUCGCCCUGACCACGUUUGUCUGCCGGCUCCUCUACAACAUCGCGCUCCUCCAGCGGGCCAGGCUGAAGCUGCAGAGGGACAUUGGCUCACCCAGGGACGAGCUCCUCAUGAACCUUGCUGAGCUGGUCCUGUUUGGGGAGAGCUGUGUGAAUUCCCUGGCCACCCUCUUCCUCCACAAGCCCUGCAGGCUCGCACUGCUGAAUAUUCCAGCAUUUUUCGCCCAAAGGUGCAGGAGAAGAGAGGCCAGCAACAGCUUCUCCUUAAAGAGGGUAGAGAGUUAAGUCGGAGACCCUGCCUGCCGGAAAGAGCCAGAGAGGCAAGUGAAGGAGUCUUCCUGGCAG